AUGGAGAGGAUCGAGUCGAUGGCGUCUCGUGUAUUUUGGUGUUCCAGGCACUGCUUCGCCAGUCUCUGUGAUGUGGAUUCGUAAGUGACUGAUCAGGCCGAUGCGGGACGGAAAGGUGCGGUGACAGUGUGGCCAGGGUGUGUUGAGGUAUGUAGAGUCGAUUGUUGCUAUGGAGCUGCUAGUGGUGAAUUCUCUGGUCGGUCGGGAGUUAUUUGUUCCGGAUACACGAUAUUUCGACAGUCAGUUUCGACCAUGUCCACCGUGUGCGCCACAACAGGGUGGGAGUAUGAAGAUGACUUGUGCACAAAUUUCGUUUCCAGUGAUAGUAGACUUGCCCAGAAACCACCACACUCCCUCUUCCUCCCCCACCUGGGCCCAGUGUCAAGACAGAGUCGAGAAAAUCGGAGAUGGGAGGUAGCAGAUGGAUGGCACGGUCGAGUUCGCACCUUGGCGCUCAACUCCGCACCACCUAGUCCACACUCAAAAUAUCCAGGUUUUUGAUAAACCGACACAAUGGGGGGUGGGGGUGGCGUGGUUCCAGAGUGCUAUACGUACGCCGGCGGGGUGUACGGGUGUCAGCGGUGGGUACACGUGAUGGUCGUAGUGGUCGCUCACUUGCUUACAGGUGAGACUACGCCUAGCGUCCAUUUGCUGGCACCUAACUCUCACCUGUGGCUCCACGUAGCUGGGCUCUGCUCAGCGGCCACACCCUGGGCAAUCGUCUCGACCGGCGGGCUAAACCAGGUGAGGGUAUCCGUGCGUGCACCUGCACACGCGGUACUGUGGUCUUCGCUGGCCGGAUGAAUCUUCGCGUCGACAUCGUCGAGACGAGGCUCUGCCUGGACCAUCACAGGAGGCCACCAGGUAAGUUCUUCCUCAGGUAAGUGCAUUUGCUCUGUUCCUUCCCUUUGUCUGUUCAAGUUCCGUGUCGUACGCUGCUCUUGUUGCCCUAGUCUGUCUGUUAUUGUCUAGAUGAAAUUCUUGAUGCCUGCUGCGUCUAUCUGUCUGUCAGUCUAUGCCUCUCUCUGCUAAUAGCUAGGUGUUACGGUGCUUGACACUUGAAUGGUGCACUCUCACUUCUGUCUCUGACUGAUGACUGUGUCUGUCUGUCCACUCUAGCUAGCUGUAAGUCCCAUAGCGUUAGGUUGUGUGUAUGCUCUCUCCUACUUCACUCCAUCACAUCACCAUCACCACCAAGGUCCCAGGCUAAUUCGGGUAGUUCUCUCACUAACAAAAAGUCGUGGCCCAUAGUGGAGUCCGGCAGCCGUCUGGGAUAACCGGGCAGCCCUGUUCAGGGAUGCGUUGCCUGCCCCCGCGAGGGGGAGGGGGCUAGAAAAGGUGCCCUAAAGAUAGCUGGGAACCACGCUGUCUGUAGGCUGGCCGUGGCCGCAGACAAAAAACACACGGAAGAAACAGCCAAAAUCGAAACAACAACAACAACAAUCACUCUCUUCCUCUUCCAGCCUAUUCUUCUUCUUCUUCUUCUCCUACUCCUACUUUUCGCCGCCGCAGUCGCCAGACUGGCAGGGUGAGCCCGCUCACUCUGGCAGCCUGGAAUGUUCGUUCCCUUUUAGACAAUCCGAGGAGCAACCGACCGGAACGGAGGACGGCGCUAGUGGCACGAGAACUGGCGCGCUACAAGGUGGUCAUCGCCGCACGCAGCGAGACCCGAUUCUCCGAACAAGGCCAACUGGAGGAGGUGGGUGCCGGCUACACCUUCUUCUGGAGCGGUCGACCCAGGGCAGAGCGACGGGACGCGGGUGUCGCCUUCGCCAUUCGGAACGACAUCGUGGGACGACUGCCCUGUUUGCCGCAGGGCAUCAACGAUCGCCUGAUGAGCCUCCGCCUGCCUCUCUGGGGAGGCAAAUUCGCCACCAUCAUCAGCGCCUACGCUCCGCCUAUGAGCAGCCCCGACGCCGCCUCAAGAGACAAAUUAUACGAGGACCUGCACGCCCUCUUGGCGACUGUUUCGAAGGCGGACAAGUUGUUUGUCCUUGGCGAUUUCGACGCCCGCGUCGGCACGGACCAUACUGCCUGGAGGGGAGUGCUGGGUCCUCACGGUCUCCGCGGCUCCAACGACAAUGGUCUGCUGCUCCUCCGCACCUGCGCAGAACACCGCCUCAUCCUGACGAACACCUUCUUCUGUCUGCCGGAGCGAGAGAAGGCCACCUGGAGGCAUCCUCGGUCGCGCCAGUGGCACCUGCUGGACUAUGUCCUCGUCCGGAGGCGAGAUCAGCGGGACGUGCUGGUGACGAAGGCGAUCGCGGGUGCUGACGGGUGGACCGACCAUCGCCUCGUCAUCUCGAAGAUGCGUAUUCGCCUACAGCCUCGCAGCAGACCACAAGGUAAGCGACCCCCAGGUAAGCUGAAUGUUGCUUUGUUGUCUUUGUCCGCUCAUCAUCUUCAUUUCAGCAAUGAGCUAGCUCAACGGCUAGACAACCUCCCCAUCACCGAUGCCGCCGCUGCCGAGAACGCCUCCGUGGAGAACCGCUGGUGUCAACUGCGAGACACGGUCCAGUCGACGGCGCUCGCCGUCCUCGGUCGCGCUCCCCGCCAACACCAGGACUGGUUCCACGACAACGGCGCCGUCAUCAGAAAUCUGCUAGCUGAGAAGAACCGCCUACACAAAGCCUACGUAGAUCACCCCACUGAGGACAACAAAGCUGCCUUCUACCGCAGUCGCCGCCAACUGCAGCAACGACUGCGCGAGAUGCAGGACGCCUUGACUGCUCGCAAAGCUGAGGAGAUCCAAGGCUACGCGGACCGCAACGAAUGGAAGAACUUCUCCGCGAUCAAAGCUGUCCACGGUCCGCCGACGAAGGGCACUUCUCCUCUCCUCAGCGCCGACGGCAGCACUCUCCUGACUGAGAAGACGCAAAUCCUACAACGAUGGGCCGAGCACUUCCGAGGCGUCCUCAACCGCCCUUCCGUCAUCUCCGACGCAGCCAUCGCCCGCUUGCCGCAAGUGGAGACCAACGUGGACCUCGACCUCCCGCCAUCUCUCCAGGAAACGAUCAGUGCCGUGCAGCAGCUCUCUAGCGGGAAAGCACCCGGAUCGGACGCCAUCCCUGCUGAGGUCUACAAGCACGGAGGUCCCCUACUGACGGAUCACCUGACUGCGCUCUUCCAAGAGAUGUGGCGUCAAGGUGAAGUCCCGCAAGAUUUCAAAGACGCAACUAUCGUGCACCUAUACAAGCGAAAAGGGAUCGCCAAGUCUGCGACAAUCACCGCGGCAUCUCCCUGCUGAACAUCGCCGGGAAGAUCUUCGCUCGCAUCCUGCUCAACCGCCUCAACAUCCAUCUGGAACAGGGCCUUCUGCCGGAAAGCCAAUGCGGCUUCCGUCGUCAUCGUGGGGCCACGGAUAUGAUCUUCUCAGCUCGCCAACUUCAGGAGAAGUGCCAGGAGAUGCGGACCCACCUGUACUCUACCUUCGUGGACCUGACGAAAGCCUUCGAAACGGUGAAUCGUGAAGGACUGUGGAAGAUCAUGCAGAAAUUCGACUGUCCGGAGCGAUUCACUCAGAUGGUGCGUCAGCUGCACGACGGUAUGAUGGAGCGAGUCACGGACAACGGAGCUGUCUCAGAGGCAUACGCAGUGACCAACGGAGUGAAGCAGGGCUGUGUGCUGGCGCCUACCCUCUUCAGUCUUAUGUUCUCUGCCAUGCUGAUGGACGCCUACCGCGACGAACGCCCCGGGAUCCGCAUCGCCUACAGAACGGACGGUCACCUGCUGAAUCAACGGCGGAUGCACUUCAAAUCGCGCGUAUCCACAACCACCGUGCACGAACUCCUCUUCGCCGACGACUACGCCCUGAACACUACCUCGGAAGAGGAGAUGCAACGGAGCAUGGACCUGUUCUACGCCGCCUGCAAGAACUUCGGUCUGGUCAUUAACACACAGAAGACGGUGGUGAUGCACCAACCGCCACCCAACUCGGCCACAGCCCCCAACGCACACCGCAAAUCAGCGUGA